UUUAAAUCACACCGAAGACAAGGCAGCGAGCAGAUCGAGCACUAGCUACGCAUCCUUCAAGUUCUUAAAUUAGCCCUAUUAAGCUUCGAGAUACCGCCCCCAAUUUCAGUGUCGGUACGGAGCCGCCAGGCCGGGACAGAGACGGAGAGAGAGCCCUCGGCCAUGGAAGCGCUCGGACCCGGCCCGCCUGCCCCUACCUCCCUUUUCCAGCCACCACGCCGGCCUGGCUUGGGCACGGUGGGGAAGCCGAUUCGCCUGCUGGCCAAUCACUUCCAGGUGCAGAUCCCCAAAAUCGAUGUCUACCAUUAUGACAUUGAAAUCAAGCCGGAGAAACGUCCCCGGCGAGUCAACAGAGAGGUGGUGGACACCAUGGUAAGACAUUUCAAGAUGCAGAUCUUUGGGGACCGGCAGCCUGGAUAUGAUGGCAAAAGGAACAUGUACACGGCUAAUCCACUGCCCAUCGGGAGAGACAAGGUGGAUUUGGAAGUAACUUUGCCGGGUGAGGGGAAGGAUCAGACAUUUAAGGUGUCUCUGCAGUGGGUGUCAGUGGUCAGUUUACAGAUGCUUCUGGAGGCUCUGUCAGGUCACCUGAACGAGGUCCCAGAAGACUCUGUGCAGGCUCUGGAUGUCAUUACACGCCAUCUUCCCUCCAUGAGGUAUACUCCUGUAGGCCGCUCCUUCUUCUCUCCCCCUGAAGGCUACUACCACCCACUGGGAGGAGGAAGGGAAGUGUGGUUUGGUUUCCACCAAUCUGUUCGUCCAGCUAUGUGGAACAUGAUGCUCAACAUUGAUGUUUCAGCCACUGCUUUCUACCGUGCCCAGCCAGUGAUUGAGUUUAUGUGUGAAGUUCUAGACAUCCAAAACAUUAAUGAGCAAACUAAACCUCUCACAGAUUCACAACGUGUUAAGUUCACAAAGGAGAUCAGAGGACUGAAAGUUGAAGUCACACACUGUGGGCAGAUGAAAAGGAAGUACAGAGUUUGCAAUGUAACACGCCGCCCAGCAAGCCACCAGACGUUUCCCUUGCAACUAGAAAAUGGACAGGCCAUGGAAUGUACCGUAGCUCAAUAUUUCAAACAAAAAUACAGUCUGCAGCUUAAAUACCCUCACUUACCCUGCCUUCAGGUGGGACAGGAACAGAAGCACACAUACCUUCCCCUAGAGGUCUGUAAUAUUGUGGCAGGCCAGCGCUGCAUAAAGAAGUUAACUGAUAAUCAAACUUCUACUAUGAUCAAAGCCACAGCCCGCUCGGCACCAGAUCGUCAAGAGGAGAUCAGCAGGCUGGUCAAAAGCAACAGCAUGGUUGGUGGGCCUGACCCCUACCUAAAAGAAUUUGGCAUUGUGGUACACAACGACAUGACGGAAGUGACGGGGCGGGUCCUCCCAGCGCCCAUGCUGCAGUAUGGGGGCCGGGUAUGUACAGACACUGGGAGGGACUGUGGCAGGAAUAAGACAGUGGCUACACCGAACCAAGGAGUAUGGGACAUGAGGGGGAAGCAGUUCUAUGCUGGCAUUGAGAUCAAGGUGUGGGCUGUAGCCUGCUUCGCCCCUCAGAAACAGUGCCGAGAGGACUUGCUCAAGAGCUUCACAGACCAGUUGAGGAAGAUCUCAAAGGAUGCAGGCAUGCCAAUCCAAGGCCAGCCAUGUUUCUGCAAGUAUGCCCAGGGAGCGGACAGUGUUGAACCCAUGUUCAAGCAUCUUAAAAUGUCUUACGUCGGUUUGCAGCUUAUUGUGGUCAUCCUGCCUGGGAAAACACCUGUCUAUGCGGAAGUAAAGCGUGUUGGAGACACUCUGCUUGGCAUGGCAACUCAGUGUGUCCAAGUAAAGAAUGUGGUAAAAACCUCCCCUCAGACACUCUCCAAUCUCUGCCUCAAGAUUAACGCCAAGCUGGGGGGCAUUAACAAUGUUUUGGUACCCCAUCAAAGGCCAUCUGUAUUUCAGCAGCCUGUAAUCUUCCUGGGUGCAGACGUCACUCAUCCACCAGCAGGUGAUGGGAAGAAGCCGUCAAUAGCGGCUGUGGUGGGCAGCAUGGAUGGCCACCCGAGCCGCUACUGUGCAACAGUCAGAGUUCAGACAUCACGACAGGAUCUGUCUCAGGAGCAGCUCUUUAGCCAGGAAGUUAUCCAGGACCUCACCAACAUGGUGCGCGAGUUGCUUAUCCAGUUCUACAAAUCCACCCGCUUCAAGCCCACACGCAUCAUCUAUUACCGUGGUGGAGUGUCUGAGGGACAGAUGAAACAGGUUGCCUGGCCAGAGCUGAUAGCCAUCAGGAAAGCAUGCAUCAGCCUGGAAGAGGAUUAUCGGCCGGGAAUCACUUACAUUGUAGUGCAGAAACGGCAUCACACACGACUCUUCUGCUCAGACAAAGCUGAGAGGGUUGGAAAGAGCGGUAAUGUUCCAGCAGGCACUACAGUAGACAGCACUAUCACACAUCCUUCAGAGUUUGAUUUCUACUUGUGCAGUCAUGCUGGUAUCCAGGGCACCAGUCGCCCCUCACACUACCAUGUGCUGUGGGACGACAAUUGCUUUACUGCAGACGAACUGCAGCUGCUCACGUACCAGCUGUGCCACACCUACGUGCGCUGUACACGAUCAGUGUCCAUCCCAGCACCAGCCUACUACGCCCGACUCGUCGCCUUCCGUGCUCGCUACCACUUGGUGGACAAAGACCAUGACAGUGCGGAGGGCAGCCAUGUGUCAGGCCAGAGUAACGGCCGAGACCCUCAAGCUCUGGCUAAAGCAGUGCAGAUCCACUAUGACACCCAGCACACCAUGUACUUCGCUUAACUGCUUCAACCAGCAGGAAAUGCACUUCUUUUCUCUCUUUCUGUCUCUUUCUAUUUAUGUUCCUGUUUUCUUUUUUACAAUAUUUGUUUUGUAUUAAUCCACACCAAAGCGGUUCCAAAGCCAGAGAGCCGGCCACGCAUCCAGUUCAAGCGGCCGGUCUCAGAGGAACCGCCCACCAGCAAUCCUCCACAGAGACCACUAGUCUCAAAGGCACAGAGUAAAAACCCAGUUGAGCCAUUUUUAGUCUGUUUUUCAGUUCUGAAUGUGUUUUUAAUUUUUUAUUGGUUAUAUACACUGAUAGAGAACCUACGCCAUUUCGUCAUGACAGCUAAGCUGAGCUUUGUCUACUUUUUUACCUCAAGCCACCAUUGGCUGAAAUGUCACAUUUGUCUUUUGCUUUUGAGAAUGUUUUUUUUUUUUUCUGUCCUUUUUAUGGUCGUAUUUUAACUCUCUCUACUGAGUCUUUUACAAACGAGGUGAUCUGGGUAUCCAUACCCAUUACUCUGCUCUUCAUCUAUUUUGCAAAAGUUGUGUGUGUGUGUGUGUGUGUGUGUGUGUGUGUGUGUGUGUGUGUAUGUGCGUGCGCGCAUCCGUAGAUUUUUCAUGGCAGGCCACUGAAUUGUAAAGGAAGUCAAGGAGUAAACUGCUGUAAAUGCCUCAGUUCAUUUUAUAGCUCUUCACAUAGAUAUAUAUAAAUAAAAUAUACAUAUAUCUAUAUAAAUAAGCUUAUUUCAGUAGAUUUUGCAGGAUUGCAUAAGCUGGUGGUUUUGUGUAGCAGUAACAUUAUUCCACAGUCAUAGCUGUGUGAGAAUGGAGCAUCGGGCCAGAGCAAUCGGAGCUUGCAGCAGAUUUGUGGUCGGAUACAAACCAAGUAUGUCCUUGUUUGGACUGGCCUGUUAGGUGCGUAACACAGGUAUAGACAGGAAAUCAACCAAUCGCAAUCUAGCGUAGUUGAUAGAAAUGGCAAAGCUUUUUAAAUGGCAGCACUCUCCCCUCCCUUUAUGCAUUUUUACAGACUUACAAUCAGAUUUUUAAGAGUUUAAUAUAAAUCCUGUUUGUGAUUGUGUUGUUGGUGUAGAAAGCUGAUGUUCUUAUUGUUGUUUUGUUGUUAAUGUCUUUGCUGUUAUGUAUAUCAGACUGUCAGCAGCUCGGUUGAAUUAUGAAUUUUUUCAGGAGUCGUUUCAUUGGUGUUGGGUGAAUCUGGUUCCGUAGCUGAACAUGUUGUAGCAUUCUGUCCAUGGUUGCGGGGCCCAAAGUGCUUUGGUUGGUCUUCCUUUUGGCUCCAUUUGUUACUUAUGAUUUAAUGUAUUUGAAGUAAUGAAUUAUUGUGGCAAAGACUUUGCUUUGCUUUUUUUUUGCCCUUUUAACCCCACCUGUCUGACUUGUCGGGGAGAUAGGGGAUUACACAGAGAAAUGAUGAAUGACAAUCAGGGCUCAAGGGGAAUUAUUAGGGCUGUUUAAAUAGUUUUUUUUUUUUUAUUGUUGUUGAGUAUAUGUAUCAAUAUAUAUAAAGUUUUUUUUUUUUCUUUUCAGAUGAAAAAAAAAAAAUUGUAUCAUAACUAUGAGAGAAAUAUAAGCACUGCCUUUGUUCUCAACACCUGGUUUAGUGUAGGGGAAUGACGAGCCUUGUCCUGUGUUGUGUGGUUUCCUAGGGCCUCAGCAUGCACCUUAUCAGGCUUGCUGCUCUCUAAAAACCCUUUUGUAACAAACCAUAAGUAAAGCCACAGGUUUGCUAUGAAUGAGUUUGAGCGCAUGCUUGUACAGGACAUGAAUUGGGGCCUGUUCAGAACGAUGGGGUCAAGGCCCUGCUUGCAAUAAGCUGGUUAAAGAUGUUCAUGGUUUUAAUUAGUGAUCCCACUAUUUUUUAGUUCUGACAGAAUGAUUGUCUCAUGAAGGAGCAUGAAGGAGGUUGGUCAAUGGUAAAAUGAUUAUUCCAAUUCCAUAUUAUGACACAGCAAUACAGUUGAAUGAACAAGGGGAUAAAGCUAAAAUUCUUCUCAUUUAUGUGACUGCUGGUAUGAUAGCCUGUUGGCUUUUAUGUUUGUGUUAUUUUGCUUUUGUCAAUCAGUGGGAAUGUGCAUUCAGUGGACUAGCUUUUUAGGCUUCAUAGAAAAGUAUCAUAUUUGGACUUUGCUCGCCUGCAUGCCAGAGUAUUGUUCUAAAUCUCCUACAGAAUAUUUAUUGUCACAGAAAAAGAAAAAAAAAAUAUCUUCUUCAAAAAUGAAUUAUUUGUGACUGCUUCGGUUUUUUCUUAGGGUAGCAAUAUUGACCAGUCUUUAAACAACAUUCAAAAAUUCUUUCACAGACGUCAGUAAUUCCUGUGGGUCAGACUGGACGCUGAGAGGAGGUGAUGGGUCGAGUCUUGACACAAGCUCCAACUCAAACGAGGUACCUUUUUCAAUCAGGGAGCACCAAAACUGACCCGUCACCCCCUCUGAGCUCAUGCCAGGUUGCCGUUUGUGCUCUGCAAUGUUGUGCGGCUUUGUUAACAACUGUCUUACAGCGUCCAGAUGCCUCAGGAAUGCGCAAGAAUUACCUCUUUUUAACCUUUUUAAACGAAUUCUCACUACCCCCUGUUUUAAGAGAGCAUGAUGUUUUUUUUAAUAUUCUCUUUGAUAUAUAUAUAUAUAAAGAUUCGGUAUUGGACAAAUUGUAUUGUAAUUUAUUUCUUUUUUGUGCGUGUAGCUUUUGUGCUGUAUUUUACUGUUCUGAGCUCUGUGACUUGUCUAAUAGCAAUAGAGGGCGCUCUUUGACUUGUCGGGGCUUCCUCUGGCCUUUCCUAUCAGGUUGCCACAUCAGUUGAUGUAUUGCUAUUGACAUUUUAAAAAAAUCCCCUCUUCCUUUUUUAGCCUGCAGGGAAUAUUCGUGUUAUUGUGCAAAUUAAUAAAUUGGUAUUUUAUGCCUAUAUUCA